CGGGCGCGGUUGGCAUCCCUGCGUCCCCUCCCGGUGCCCUGUGAGGAGGUUCCAACGGCUGUGAUGGCGUGAUGGCGGGCAGUUCAGAUGAAGGAGACACUCGGGGAGAAUACUUCCGUCCUCUCCCUCGCACGGAUGGAAGAACUGUGACCCCCAAAAUGCCCACUUUUACCUUUUUCGACGCCGGCUUCUUGCUGGUGUCGAUGGCGACGUUCGCGGUGGACAUUGGGACAGAUUUAAACUUAGUAAUAAGAUACUACCUCGAGGGUUCGGUAAUAUGGGCUGGCCUCACCCUGGCGCUGGUGAUAGUUCCGGCUAUUGUGGUAAUGAUCAUGUCCAUGAAGUGGCAUUAUGGCGAGGCUGUGGCAGAGGAAGUGUACACAGCAAAUGAUGUUGAACAAGCCUCUGAAAGUGAGAAGAAGCCAACAAAGACCUCCUCUGUCUCUAAGCUAUGCUGGCUUGCCCAUAUCUGCCUUUGGGGUAUUUUGCAUAGGUACAUUCUCCUGUUUAAGAGUGGCAUAAGAGCACAGAAAACCAAAGACACUGAAGACUUCAGAUACAUGUACCGACAACAGAGUGAUGUGUGCAUGUUGCGACUGUUUGAGUCCUUCCUGGAGUCAGCACCACAGCUUGUCCUGCAGUUAUAUAUCAUGAUGUCUCACCAUGAUUACAGUGCCUGGACAGCCAUUACUGCCCUUUCCUCAAUGGCCUCCCUGGGGUGGGGCAUUGCGGCCUAUACCAAAGCCAUGCGGAACACCCUGCCAGCCAAGCACAAGAUGACUGUAUCUGGGCUUGCUCUGCAGACUUUCUGGCGAAUGGGCAUGAUUGCUGCCAGGGUGGCUGCGCUUGCACUGGUUGCCACUGUUCUUAAUGAGUGGCUUCUUGUGAUCAUGGGUGCACACUUGCUGGCCAUGUUCAUUUGGGUUGUCAAGCAGAAGGCAGAAUAUGGGAAUUCCACUUUAGAAAAGAUGAUUUUCAACUUCAUCAUGGCUGUCAUCUGUUGCUUUUGCUUCUUCAACUUAAAGGAUGGAAGGUCUCGAUGGCGUAUGCUGGCCUUUUAUACAGUCACGGUGGCAGAGAACACAGCAUUUGCUCUCUACUAUUUCUUCUUGAGUGACCACCAGCAGGUCUUGCGGUUGGCUGCUCUUGGUCUGGUCUUCGGGGGCAUGGCUCUUGGUCUUCUGUGUUUAGUCAUAUACUACCGGUUCUUUCACCCUAUUGGACCUAUCAAGAUGUUCAUAAAAGACUUGCCAACUGACCAAGAAAAGGGGGAGAAAGAUGCAGACAUUAGCCACACACUAGAUUCCAAUGCUAACAGCACCUUCAGAGAAUCAACUAGGAGAAACAUUAAAUAUAUGUAUGCUUCUUCAAUGCGAAGGACAGCUAAAUGCAUUCUGUCAGCCCCAGGAGUGAGCUUGGAGAGCUCCCCAGCAUCACAGUCCUCGGCCUCUCCCCCUCUGGUGUCCCAUCUCCAGCGCCCUGUGGAGAUGAUGUGCUCGGUGCAGGAUCUUCUAGCCAAUGUGUCUUGUGCCAGUGAGAUACAAGUUGCUGAGGUGGGUGAGGAGGGCACUUCUCAGAGCCAGAGUGAAGUGCCUGAGGAGAAGAAAAACUCUGAGGAGAGUCCAGUGGUGGUGGAAGCAAGUCCGAGCUCCCUGGAGAGAACUGUGACAAGGGAGUUGGAGUACCGGCUCUCUCAGUCUGAUUUCAAGAGUCUAUGCAGUGCAGGGGAGCAGAGUCCUGGCACAACAGAAACAACAAGUCUACCCCAAGAGUCUUAUCAGCUGUGUGUUAAAAGUGUCAAUAGUGGUGCAGCCAUUGGUGAAUCAGUCCAUUCUAGUCCCAACAGUGUGGGUAUUCCCCAAAAAUCAAAAACAACAAGUCAGACAAGUGUCAGAAGUGGGUUGCUGUCAGGCAGUCAACACAGCGGCUCAAGUAUAUUAAGAACAAGUGUGAGAAGAAGAGACGCAACAACCUCAGAGACAGACGUGAGACUAACGUCACUGCCUCACAUCACAACUAGUACAAUUAACCUUACCUCGAAGUCACAAGAAAUGGAACUAGAUCAUAGUGAUGCUCAGCUCUCCAAGGCCCCUGUGCCCAAUGUAGAGCUUGCAGUCAUUGAUCGAAUGCACAUCAUUGAAAUGGAAUCCUCAGGAACCAGCUCAGAGAACCAGUCAGAUUACGAAAACAUUUAUGAGGGACAAGACCUCAGGCGAAACCUCCCUCCAAAGCCUGCUAACCUUGUGAUUGCUCAAAACCUUAAUGAAACACAGUCAACACAGGCCUCUGUGCCACAUGACUAUGAAAAUAUCUGUGCCAUCAAUAUAAACAGGGCAAUGUGGGGUCUUCGUCACUGGAAAACCUACUCAGACAUUGAGGACAGGAUUCAUGAUGACAGUACAUAUAAGGAGAGACUUAAGGGACUCGACAGCACUCUGAUGUCUAGUUUCCUAUCUGACUACAGUUCUGUCAGAGGUUUACAAGCAUUGAGAUCAAGCAUUGUUAUUGAUGAUUCAGAGUCUAUUUUGUCUAGAUCACUGCCAGAUUUAAGCACCCUUCGCCUGGAAACCUGUCUGGAAGAGACUGAGGAAGAGGAGGAGGAGCGAGAAGCAGAAGUUGAAGGUGUUGAGGAAGUGGAAAAGGAAGUGAAGAAUGAGAUAGAAACUGAUAAUAAGCCAGUCUCAGAUGAAGCAAAGGAUGACAACAGGCUCAUGGCAGUUCUGAACCAGCUUCGAGCAAGCAAACCCAUGAACAAGUCUAGUUCUGUGGACGACAUUCCCAAUUAUGAAACUAUUUGGGUUGGAGAUGUUGCAAAGCCAGACACCUCUUAUGCGUCAUCACAGAUGAGUUCCCUGACGAGCAAAUCUUCCUUGGUAGUCACCAUUGGUGAUGUUCGGGCCAAGGAAUCUCUUUGCAACCUCUAUUACUCCACAAUGUCUGACCUUUCAUUCAGAUAUUACAGUGAGAGAAUGAGGAAGAACAGCUCUUCAGGUUCACUUGCUUCCAAGCGAAGCACACGUGAUACUUCAAGGGAAAUGAUGAGAGCAAUUUCUGUCCCAGAUAACAAGACCUUGCUGGAGGUGAGUCAGCUGAUAGAGGAGCAAAAGAAGAGGGAAGAAGAAGAAGCCAAGCAGAUCAGUAGCCAAGGGGGAACUGCAGCAGCUACGCCAUGCACACCUCGCCUGAAGUUUGGCCCAGGUGCCACCCCAGUCCGGUCAGACCCAUCCAACAACAGACCAAGAAGAAAGUUCUCCAUGUUACGUGAAAGAUUUGAGAACCCCCACUGGACGCCUCUACGAUCUCCCAUGAAAAGACGUCCCUCAACCCAGAGAAGAAACUCCUUCCAAGACAGGACUGCAAAGGCACUCCAGGCAGGCAUGAAGGUGUUCAGGAGGCCUCGAGUCCAUGUAAUUACACCAAAGAAAGGGGAAGACAAGAUGGACACUCCUCGCCUCAAGAGUCCUUUCAAGUCUAGGAAUGUAACACCAUCCAACACCCUGGGCAUGAAGAUUGGGCCAGAGCCCUUCAACACAGAAAUAGCUCUGAAGACAAGGCUUUUGGAAAGUGAGGGUGCCACAGCCCUCCAUAAAACUCCCCACAUCAAGACUCCUGCUGAUAACAGGCUCACCAAAAGAACACCAAAGACCAGCACUCCUGAGAACAAGCAACCCCUUGUCAAGAAGACUCCAGUUCCUAUCAAAGGAGCCAAGAACCUGACUGAAGGCCCCAAGACGAGCACACCUGAAGGAAAUAAGCAGCUACCCCAGAUAAGCAUACUCAGUGCUGUGUCCAGUGUUGUGCCAUCUCCAGAAAGUGUACUUAAGUUCAACCUUUCUGACCAUCAGCAAAGGAUCCCCUUAUCAGAAAAUGUCCACCAAAUACACACAAGCUCUAAGUCCCUGGCCAUGCCAGCCAUAAAGGAAGCUGAAUACAUUCCAAGUGUUCUCUUGCCAAAGCCAUUUUAUGGAUCACUUCAAUCAGGAGUUGCUCAUGGUAGCCAGAGUCUUGCACUAAAACCUACCAGAAUUUUCACAAGUGAUGAGAACAGUCAAGACAUUCGAAGUCGUCCCUCUGGCAGUGGUCUUGGUUCCUCUCAGAGUGUCCUGAGCCUCAAGGCAAAGCAGGCCUCCCCUCUAGCCGAUGGUGGCAGCAGGCUUGGCCAAAGCCAAGCCAUGUUCUCAGGCAUCCUAGGUCUGCCUCCCUACCAGCAAGAGCCCUGCAGGCCAGCCAUUAUAAGUGUGACGGAGAGCACUGAGAACCCCAGUGGCCAGCAAAACAUUUCAAUAAGCCGCAUUGUAUUAUCCUCUCCACAGUCCCCCAAUUUCAAUAUGCAAAAGUCAACCUUAUCACCAACUUCAAAGAUAUUUUCCAGAAGAAUAUAAAGAUUUCAGGUCUGUAGCAAUUGAUACAAUAUUUAAUGAUUGUUAUUAUUUAUUUUUUCCCCUCUCAAUAGGAGAUUCAGACACUUAGUGAAAUAUAUACAUUAUUUCAGUUAUGAUUUGUUCAUACAUUCAUAAUGUUCCAUGUUUCUUGAAUGCUAACUUAGGGUAAUAAUUGAUAGGAUAGACAUGUAUAUACAAGACAGAAUUUAAGUUAAAGCUUUCACAUUCAUUUGUAAUUUUUUUUUAUAUAUAUAUCAUUUUUAGUGAUCUUUAACUUUUAUGUCGAAGUAAGAGAUACUGUAAUUUUUCUUUUUGAAAAACUAAUUUUAGGAAUUAAAUCUUAUUGUAUCAGCUAUUCAUUUUAGUUAGUAAGAAAGCAGUAUGGAAACAUAGCAUUAUUUUAGUACUGAUAAGCACAUCCUAUGUGUUUCAUUAAUAAUUGUUUUUUUUUUAUGGAGGCUGUACUUCUCUUAGUCAAUACUGUCAUUAACCUUUGUUGUAUCUAUGUCGGCACACAUUCCUUAACUCAUAAGGUAUCUUCUUGCAUUUACUCACACAGAUUUCCUUUACUCAUUUUAAUGCAUGUGUGAUUGGUAAUUCAUCCUUUAAAUAUCAUAGUAUGUUUGUCACCAUACAUUUAGUUAACAAUUAUGAUGAAAGACAGCAAAGCUUUAGUGAUAUAUGUACUGGUAAUUCAUCAUCAUAUGAUUGUAUGCCGUAUGCAUUAUUUCCCCCAAAAAACUUUCCUUCUCUCUCCUUUUUUGGCUCUCUUUGUAUAUAAAUGACCUGAUUACCAAAAAAAAAAAAAAAUGAAAAGGGAGUGGAAACAGUGUUAGAAAUUGAUGUAUGGUUUACUCUCCCCUUAAGUUCUCAUAACCAUAUAAUGAUGAUUUUUCUCUCUCUCAAUUAAUGACUUGAGAGAUGGUACCAAACCCAACAUAACCAAAGUGAAUGAAAGUGGUUUCAGUGUUGACAUUACAAAAUACUGUGUGUUUGUUACCUUGUGGAGUAUGUGAUGUAUAGUGUGUUCUGAAAGUGGAGGUGAAACUUUUGUAAAUUGUAGCAUAGCUGAGUGUACAUGUUAAAAGUCAUUUUUAUAUAUCGUGAUAUUAUAUUCCAAAUAUAUUUACAUAUAUUUACUUAUUAAAAUGUAAG